AUAAAGGUCACAUUCGCGUUCAGUUUCGGUAUUAGAAUAGAUGACGUUUUGCUUGUGACGUCAUCAAGACACGGGUUACCAAAAACUUCUCAUUCUCAACAUAAGAAUUUUACAAAAGAAAAACAUAAUUUCUUACAAAUAUUACAAUUUUUAACGGAAAAACUUAAAUUUACUUCAUAACAACUUAAUUGUCUUUAAAAAUUUUAAUAAUUGAGCAAACUUUGCAAAAGUAAGUUUUCCCUGUUUUCAUAAUUAAUUCCAUUGCGUUAUGUGGGUUGCAUAACUUUCAGGCGCUUAUGUCAGCCGUGAGAAACACGAAAAUGUUAACGUCACUAAUAUUUGUAAACAUUUUUUUAUCUAAAUAAUCGCGUGUUGCAAGCGUUACAAGUGCUACAAACAUGAUCGAAGUAAAUGCAAAGCUCCUCAAGGGCCCCGUCUAUCUCUCCGGUGAAACUAUAGAAUGCAGCAUAAGUUUUAUCCAUCCGAAAUCACUACAACACAAAGUAUCACAAAGUAACAAUGAUGCUUUUGAGAGUUUGGCAUGGGCUUCCGCUCAAAUUCACUGCCAAUGUACGACCGAUGGUAAAGUCAGCAAGCUGAAACCAGACGGAGACAGUAUGGCUUUCAGUGAUACAGCUCUUCCUGUGAAUACACAAGAUGCUGGUUUGCAGGAAAUCGCGACAAAACCAAAGAUACUGUUUUGUGAUUUGAGGUUGUCUCCAGGUCAAGCUAAAACUUAUAUCUACAGAGAAAAGAUUCCUAAUGAUGCGCCACCAUCUUAUCGCGGUCAACUUGUAAAAUACUCCUACAAAAUCACGAUUGGCACGCAGCGUGUAAACAGCCCGAUAAAAUUACUAAAAGUCCCCAUUCGGGUGUUACCAGUCAACAUAGGAAUGGAUGUUGGUGGCUUGUGUAAUGAAACAUCAGAUGAGUUAUCCCCGGCGAAUCCUUUCCUGGAAGUCCGUGAAAAGGAAAAGGAAAUCGAAACACCGUUCGAUCUUGCACUGCAAGCUCUACAGAACAUCACAGCACGUCGUAAUCCUAACUUCUACAUGAUUUCCAAUACCUGGGGCAAAGUAGCGCGCUUUUGUCUCUUUAAACCCGCAUAUAAACUUGGCGAAGAUAUUAUUGGCACUUUUGACUUCACGGUCGCAACUGUCAAAUGCGUACAGGUAUCUGUUUCACUUCAAUGCGAAGAAGAAACCACAAUUGAAGACAAAACGAAACAAACGCGCAUCAUAACAUUCAGUAAGCAUCAUGAGGUGUGUCUUGGUUUACAACACACACAAUUGAUCCUCCCGAUUCCUUUGCAUUUAACGCCGGCAUUUGAAACUAAACUUGUUAGUUUAAAAUGGCGAUUGCAUUUUGAGUUUGUAACAAGUACAUCGCCGAAAUUAGAUGGUCCUAAGUUAGAGGAUAGUGAUUGGAAAGCGCCUGCUGAGUUGCCAAUUGAGACUAUGGUUUGGAGUUUGCCUAUUCGGCUGUUUUCCACUUCUCCUGAACAAGUUGCUCAGGGAUUACAGGCUAAUAACUCAUAUAGGCUGGCAAUUAGAUAAAUUUAGAUAUUGUUAAUUUAUUUAUUACACAUUUUAAUCUUUUGGAGGUCGUGCUGGUUGAGCAAUUGUAUAUUAUUCUAAAAUGAUCUAAAUAUUUACCUAAAUGGACUAUUAAUAGAUUUAUUACCUUGUGACACGGAUAGAGCUCACUUUCUGGUAGUGUAAUUCAAAUUUUCUAUGAAGUGAUUGUUUAAAAUGAAACAAAAGAGGAUCGUUUUAUGUUUUUGUUAUAGAUUGUUAAUCUUAUAAACAUUUACUAAAAUUACUUUCAUAAAACUGAUUCCAUGCA